CGUAUGCUGUGUUUAUGUUGAUUUUGAACGUCAAAAGGCGGAACGAGGAACUCCGAAAUGGAAAUUACCGCCAAAAAUACAUCCAAUUCUGAUCAUUCAUCCUUUUCUGGGAAUAUUCAAUCAGUCACAGGAAUUCUACCUCCUUCAGCUCUUGGAAAAACGAUGGUCCAUGAGCAUUUGUCCAUGAAUUUCGAUGUGGCUUUUGUGAAGCCUGUUGAAGCAGACCUACAAAAAUCCAUUAUGCCAUUCUCUAUGGAAACUUUGGGGUGGAUCCGAUAUAAUCCAUACAGCCAUCAACCAAAUCUCCAGCUAAAUGAUAUUGAGUGUGAAAAAGCCAUUAUAGAUGAAAUGAAGCAUUAUCAGUCAAUUGGCGGGAAUUCUAUUGUAGAAUGCACAACCCAUGGAAUUUCUCGGAAGGCUCAGUUCCUGUUUGAUUUGAGUAAACUCACAGGUGUCAACAUCAUUGCUGGAACUGGAUAUUAUGUAGCAGCAGCUCAAAAUUACAAGCUUUUUGAAAAGCCUGUUGAACAAUUAGCAGAAGUAAUGCGAAUAGAACAGCUAGAAGGAUGUAUGGAAGCCCGUGAAGUUCGAUGCGGAUUAAUCGGAGAAAUAGGCUGCUCGUACCCCCUUCAUAGUUUUGAAAAACGUGUUUUGGAAGCAGCUGCAGUAGUACAAACCGAGCUCAAGUGCCCAGUGUCCAUCCAUCCUGGAAGAGAUCCAGCAUCACCUGGCCAGAUUCUUCGUUGUUUUCUUGAAGCCGGAGGGAGAGCGAAUCAAGUGUCUCUGUGCCAUUUAGAUAGAACCCUCAUACGAGGCGACGACCUGUUCGAUUUUGCUACCAUGGGAUCAUACUUGGAGUUUGACCUAUUUGGUAUCGAAUGCUCACAUUAUCAACUGAACCGGCAAUUUGAUAUGCCAAGUGAUGCUCAGCGAAUACGUCGUCUGCAUCAGUUGAUUACUGAAGGCUAUGAGGAUAAAAUUUUGAUAUCUCAAGAUAUCCACACAAAACACCGAUUGGCUAAAUUUGGAGGCCACGGUUAUAGCCAUAUCUUGGAGAACAUUGUGCCUAAAAUGCGUGAAAGAGGCAUAGAAGAUGACGCAUUAGACAAGAUUUUAGUUAAGAAUCCUUCCCGGUGGCUAACUUACCUAUGAUGCGCUUUUAAUUUAACUUUUGUUAGUU